ACAAACACUGUUUAUUUUGACUAUAUAAAUUAGAAUUCUAUUAGUGUAUUGACUGGAAUUCUGUCUGAUAAAUUGAUUAUCGAAAGUAAAUGUCAAAGCAAGAAAGUAAUCUAUGUGUAGACGAUAAGUCAGCUACAGAAACUACAGAACCGUCUCAUAAAAAAUCACUUGGUUGUUGUGGAGAGUAUGGGCAUACUGUAGCUCAUGGCCUAUUUCGAAAGAAACAUUUCAAAGAUAUAUUUCAUAAUGAUCUUAAUAAAACUUUAACAACCAUAAGUUUGAUUCUUUAUGGCUUAGCAUGUAUGCUGGAUGGAGGCAUUUAUGUGUCGACUGGUGCUGUAAUAAAUGCACAAACUGGACCGAGUGCUUUUCUUGCUUAUAUUAUAGCUACUUUUGUAGCAAUAUUAAAUUCUCUGAUAUAUUCAGAAUUAGCAUGUCAUGUUCCAAAAGAUGUUGCAUGUUACGGACAUGCACACAGCAUUCUUGGUGAACUCCCAGCAUUCAUAACUGCAUGGUCAACGUUUAUUGAUUACAUACUAAGUGCAUCACUAGUUGCACGUAGUUGGAGCAACAUAAUCGACACUUUUUCAGGAAACAGGAUCAGUUCGUGGAUAAUAAUUACAUUUGGAAGAUUAUCAUCUCCAGAUGGAUUGUUGUCAGAAUAUCCUGAUUUCCUCAGUACGAUAGUGAUUCUUAUUUUUGGCAUUUGUUGUUGUUUUGGACUACGUAAAAAUUUAGCUUUGACCGUGAUCUCAAGUGCCGUUAACGUUGGAGCAUUAUUGAUAGCUACUAUCUAUAUGUUUAUUCAUGCUAAAACAAACCAUUAUUCCAUAAUAUAUCCUGGGAUUACAACAAAUAUUAAAUAUUUUCUACCUUAUGGGAUUCUCGGUUUAUUAAGUGCAACAACAAUUAGUUUCAAUGCUUUCGUUAGAUCCAGUGCACCAUCAUCACGUGCACAAGAAGUUAAACGUCCUCCUUAUAGCCUACCUGCAGCCAGUGUAACCAGCAUACUCAUCGUGGGACUCGUCACUACAUUAUCUGCAUUAGCACUGACAUUAUAUUAUCCAUGGUUUUAUGUCGACGCAGAAAAUGCAUUUUUAAAUGCAUUGAAAGAUAACAAAGAAUCUACUGGUGCAAACUUUGGAAGAAUAUUCAUGUUUUGUUUAGUUGGCAGUGGGUUUGUACUUGGAUUACUCACCAGCUUGAUAUCACCAAUGUUGGCCAGUAUAAAUAUUUGUUUAGCUAUGGUCCAUGAUGGUUUUAUGCCAUUCAUGUUUUCUCGUGUUUGCCGACCCUUCAAGAGACCACUAAUGACGACAAUAUUCAUUAUAAUUUUCACAUGUUUGUUUAGUACAAUAUUUACUGUACAAAGUUUGGCAAGUUUUUUAAGUUUAGGCACAUUAAUUGCCUAUUGUAUUAGUGCUAUCAGUGUCUUAUUUCUACGUUAUCGAUCACAGACAAAUGAUCCUGAAGAUAUAAAUGAAUAUGAUAAUGCUAAUUGUAAAGGUUUUGAAAACUAUCAGAAUGCAUAUUACAGUAAGCGAAUUGGUCAACCAGGAUUCAUUAAAAAGAAAAUUGGUUUCCGUUUAUCUGAUCGUAUUUUAAAAUUUAUCAAUUCUGGUGUUCCUGGUAGUAUGGUUGUUUAUUUAAUAUCUAUUUAUGUAAUAUUGAGUAUUGCAUUGGUUGGAUGUUUGACCUUUGGAGUAUCUGGUAGAAUAGCAUCAUUUAUGAAGAUCAUUGCUACUGUACUUACUAUUUUACUACUCAUGUUAACUAUCAUUUUCAUCAGUUUUAUUGAACAGUUCAAGUCAAAUGAUGCUAAUUUAUAUCGAGUAAGUUAUCUAUUAUUAAUACUUUUAAAUAAAAUAUUUUCUGUUGAAACAACCUAAUCAAAAUUCACUUGGAGUUGUUUUACUUGUGUCUUCCCAUCGUUAUUUAGGACUGUAAUUGGUCAGUCUCAUGUUGGUUUCAUCGAGGCAAUCCGCACAGGAUGCACAUAUGGGAAGAUACAAGUAAAACAACAUCAAGUGAAUUUAAACUUCAUCCCAUUACACAAGCAGGUGGCUAUCAGGACUCAGUAGCUAAGUGUAUAACUCACUGGCGUUUGAAGCGAACAGCACUGGUUUCGAGUCCUGGAGUGAACAUCAAUUCUGGGAUUCAGGUACACCCAGCUGACGAGUCCGACAUAGAACGAAACGCGCGUCCUGGAUCCCAUUGCUAGCUACUAUCUAUUUUUGCUUAAAAACCUAAUCAAAAUAUUGAAAGUGAUUUUGUACGAGAACUAACAUUGACUUGUAAAACAAAACGUUAACUUAGUUCCUUUUCCAUUAUGAUGCUUAUUUAUAUGAAAACUGAAUAGGCAAAUCAGUCUGGUGUUGUCGUUUACAUUGAACAUCAACAUGACAACCAGGUAUAGUUCUAAUGAUGCUGAUAUUUAAAAAAAUAAUUUAAAUGAUAAAUGAAAGAGUGUACCAACAACCAUCUAUUCUGGUAAUAAUUUCUUAUUAUUGAUUUAUAUUUUCAUAAUUCCUCUGAUGAAAAGUUGAUAUAUGAUAACGUGUGAUACAUGUUAAUCCAUCAUUUUAUUACUGUGGUGUGAACAUGAAAUUGAAGUUGACAGAAAAAAAACUGAGUUUUUUGUGAAUAUUAUAGUAAUUUUAAUAGUUGAGAUCAUGAGUCGAUUGAAGCUAGAAUGCCAUAGAAUACUUGGAAUCACUGGAUGGUCGUUGAGUUCUAUUGUAGGACCCCUCAGCAAUGCACAUCCACGAUCCUGCCUCAUGAGAUUAGAACACAGUGCCUAUCGGUCUCGCGCGCCAGUGCUUAACCACUAAACCACUGAGCUGGCCGGCAUUCAACGGUGUUAGUGUCUAACUUCAACCAAUCCACGAAAUUGCGCCACCGUCCACCAUUGUCUUCGGUGAGUUACUAUCUCACAACAGACCUAGUUGAACUCCGCUGAUCACUGCUUCUCACUAGAACUCCAGGAAAUGCCUCUUGAUGCAAGUCCCUAGUGAGCAUAUGAUGAUUAUAAUCAGAGAAGGGUUUUUGUGUAUAUUAUAGUAAUUUAAUAGUUGAAUGCAUGAGUCAAUUGAAUCCUUAUAUGUUAUGAAUUAAUAACAAGAUUUUGGUCAAGUACAUUUGGUGACUAUUAUUAAAGCCGCUCAGUUGACUUAUACAUAAUAAUGCAUUAAUAAACGAGAUUUUUAUGGUUAUUACAUAACGUAGACCAAGUAUUCUCAUUUAGAUUAGGACUGUCUGUAAUUAAGAUGGGAAUUGACAGGAUCCUAAAUCAACCGCAUUAGAAAUUUAUUCGACUAAAUUUAUUUUACAAAACUAUGAAACAUCUAAAUAUGAAAAUGAAUAAAACAAUUCAUAUCGCCAAAAUUUCAUGUUUAACCGAGAAUUAUAAGUCAUCAAAGUAGUUAAGAGUUACGAUAUUGUACAUAUUGUUCUUAAAAAUUACCAGGUCUCAAUGACAUACAUAAUUAUUAACAUUACGGUAACAUCUACGUUUAAAUCUAUCUUCGCGUCUAGUUUUACCUAACAUCUGGAGCACGGGAUCAUUAACAAAAUACUGGCAUCUCUCACCUUCUAUAUCCUGUGCAUUUACAAGUUACAAAUGUUCAAUUAUAUAUCCAUCCUUAUUCAUAACUAUGUUCUGAGAUCAAAUAAAAGUAUAUACGUGUACUUUAUUUGUAAAUAAAGUACGAUUGUCACUCGACCAUGUUGCACAGUGUUUGAUUAAGAAUCAUCUGACACCUCCAUCCUCAUAGAGGCUGAUGAACCGAAUAACACAAUAUUUAUUAUUCAUAUAUCAGAAAUAAUCAUUAUUCGAGUGGUAUUUUCGAUUUUUCUUCCAGGUUCCGUUGGUUCCACUGCUUCCUUGUUUUACAUUAACGAUAAAUCUACUCCUUCUUUCUCGAAUUUCAUGGUUUAGUUGGGUUCGUUAUGGUAUUUGGAUGUUACUGGGUUUAUUAAUAUAUUUCUUAUAUGGAAUUAAAAAUACUUAUCGAAUAUCAGAAGAAAAUAAAAGUGUAAUUUCAUCAAAUUGUCUUAGUGAUAUAGAAUAUGAAAAGAAAUCAUCAAAAAGUAAUUCAUCAACAGAUGAAUCAAUAGAAUUUGUUGAUCCAAUCAGAUUUUGAUCAAAUGAUUUUCACUAUUAAUUGACAUGAAUUAAAAAUUCGAGAGAAAAAAUUUUUUUUUAUUUUCUAACAUCAUAUGAUUGAUUAAAUGAGAAACAGC